UGAGAAGCUGGUGAAUAAUUAUGUAAUGCAGGCUUGAGGCGUUACUUCUCGAGGGGUUUUUAAGCCAGGCAAGACUUACUGGGAGAGGUAAUGCUGCUUAUUAAACUAAUUGAUGCGGUUGGACGAUCGGAGGCACAGAAAACCUUUCCAUCUGAUCCAGGCCCUCAGAAGCACCUACGUCCUCCAAAGCUUGUUGGAUUUUCAGCUUUCUCAGUUAGUCUGGUGAAGUGUAUGAUGAAUCAGUCUAAACGAUUGAUUUAGAGUCAAUACACAACUCUACAAUAAAACUGGAAUUUAAUGAAUAAUGGAGCUGGCUCAUAGUUUGUUACUGAAUGAAGAAGCGUUAGCUCAAAUCACGGAAGCAAAGAGACCAGUCUUUAUCUUUGAGUGGUUAAGAUUUUUGGACAAAGUGUUUGUAGCUGCUAACAAGACGGAUGUCAAGGAAAAACAAAAGAAACUUGUAGAACAGCUAACGGGACUCAUCAGCAGUUCCCCUGGACCGCCGACGCGGAAACUACUCGCAAAAAAUCUUGCUGCUCUCUACAGCAUUGGAGACACGUUUACUGUUUUUCAGACGCUUGACAAAUGUAAUGACAUCAUCAAGAGUAAAGAUGAUACUGCUGCUUACCUGCCCACCAAACUGGCUGCAGUGGCAUGUGUUGGAGCGUUUUACGAAAAAAUGGGCAGAAUGCUGGGUAGUUCUUUUCCAGAAACCGUUAAUAAUCUUUUAAAGUCUUUGAAAAGUGCAGAGUCACAGGGCCGCAGUGAAAUCCUGAUGAGUUUACAGAAAGUCUUAAAUGGACUUGGAGGAGCAGCAGCUUCUUGUCACCGUGAUAUUUAUAAGAAUGCCCGAUCUCUCUUGACAGACAGAUCUAUGGCUGUACGAUGUGCAGUAGCUAAGUGUCUACUGGAAUUACAAAAUGAAGCUGUAUUUAUGUGGACGGCUGAACUGGAGAAUGUUGCAACGCUUUGCUUUAAGGCUCUGGAAAACUCAAACUACGGUGUGCGAGUUGCGGUGUCAAAGCUUUUGGGGACGGUCAUGGCUACAGCACUAAUACCAAAACAAGCAACAGUGAUGCGGCAGAAUGUGAAGAGAGCUACGCUUGAGGAAGUCUUGGAACUCAUGGCCACUGGAUUUCUGCGAGGCGGUUCUGGUUUCCUAAAGAGUGGUGGAGAGAUGUUAAAAGUAGGAGGAUCUGUCAACAGGGAAGUGCGAGUUGGUGUUACCCAGGCCUAUGUUGUCUUUGUUACAACAUUAGGAGGUCAGUGGCUGGAGCGCAACUUUGCUACGUUUUUAUCACAUGUACUUGAUCUGGUCUCCCAUCCUCGUGCAACUCAGACUCACGUGGAGGCAGUGUACUCUCGAAGAUGCGUGUCCUUUAUUCUGAGAGCGACUGUGGGCAGCUUACUGGGGGAGAAAGCCCAGAUUGCAGCUGCCAAAGAUAUAUGUCAAGCCAUUGGUAAACAGAUGAAGGCUGUGGAAGCAGUAGUGAAUGAUGCUAACAGUGAAAAUAAAUCAGGAGCUGCUGAUGUAGCUGCAAGCCAACACGUAAUGGUCUGUGCCCUUCAAGAACUGGGUAGUCUGGUUCAGAGUCUGAAUGCCACUGCAUCUCCUCUUAUUCAAGAACCCUCCAUAGGUCUGUUGGAGACAGUAACUUCAGUUCUUCUUCAUCCCAGCAUGGCUGCUCGACUUGCCGCUGCAUGGUGCUUACGGUGUGUAGCUGUGGCAUUGCCUUUUCAGUUGACUCCAUUUUUGGAUAGAUGCGCAGAAAGACUCAACAAUCUGAAGACUUCCCCUGAAGCUGUCAGCGGCUACAGUUUUGCUAUGGCUGCUUUACUAGGUGGUGUGCAUCAGUGUCCCUUAGGUAUUCCUCAUGCCAAAGGAAAGAUGGUUGUCAGUAUUGCUGAGGAUCUGUUACGAACUGCUGCACAAAAUAGCAGACUCUCCUUGCAGCGAACUCAAGCUGGAUGGCUUUUACUUGGAGCACUUAUGACUUUAGGUCCGUCGGUUGUUCGGUACCAUCUACCUAAGAUGUUGCUGCUAUGGCGAAAUGUGUUUCCACGUUCUCUGAAGGAGUUGGAAGCAGAGAAGGCGAGAGGAGAUUCUUUUACCUGGCAAGUAACGCUGGAAGGCCGUGCUGGAGCUCUAUGUGCUAUGAGAAGUUUUGUUGCUCACUGCCCUGAGCUUCUUACUGAGGAUGUGAUCAGGAAAUUGAUGACACCUAUAGAAUGUGCCAUGACCAUGAUGUCACACAUUCCAUCAGUAAUUAAAGCCCACGGAGCUCAUCUCAAAGCUAGUGCAGCUAUGGUCCGUUUAAGACUUUAUGAUAUUUUGGCUUUAUUACCUCCAAAGACAUAUGAAGGAUCGUUUAAUGCACUUCUUCGAGAACUGGUAGCAGAAUUUACUUUGACAGACAACUCUGCUAAUACAACCACAUCACUCCUGAGGUCUCUUUGCCAUUAUGAUGAUAGUGUUCUUCUUGGCUCCUGGCUACAGGAAACGGAUCAUAAGUCAAUUGAAGACCAGCUUCAGCCAAACAGCGCAUCUGGAAGUGGUGCUUUGGAACAUGAUCCGUCUUCUAUUUAUUUGCGUACAGCUGUACCUGGUCCCCUUCCCUUAGGAGUAUCCGUCAUUGAUGCAUCUGUGGCUCUCUUUGGUGUGGUUUUUCCUCAUGUUUCUUACAAACAUAGAUUACAGAUGUUGGAUCACUUUGCUGAAUGUGUCAAGCAAGCUAAAGGUGUUCGACAGCAAGCUGUGCAGCUGAAUAUCUUUACUGCUGUUCUUAGUGCUUUGAAGGGUUUAGCUGAAAAUAAAAGCACAUUAGGACCGGAAGAAGUUCGCAAAUCUGCUCUGACAUUGGUAAUGGGUGCCCUUGAUAAUCCUAACCCUAUUUUGAGAUGUGCAGCAGGAGAAGCUCUUGGCAGAAUGGCUCAGGUGGUUGGAGAAGCCACUUUCAUCGCUAGAAUGGCUCAGUACAGUUUUGAUAAGUUAAAAUCUGCUCGAGAUGUUGUAUCAAGAACAGGGCAUUCUUUGGCUCUGGGCUGUCUCCAUCGGUAUGUUGGAGGAAUAGGUUCUGGACAGCAUCUGAAAACUAGUGUCAGUAUUCUCUUGGCUUUGGCACAAGAUGGAACUUCUCCUGAAGUCCAGACUUGGUCUCUCCAUUCACUUGCCUUGAUAGUGGAUUCUAGUGGACCAAUGUACCGUGGAUAUGUGGAGCCAACGCUUUCUCUAGUUCUUACUCUGCUCUUAACUGUCCCACCAUCACAUACAGAAGUGCAUCAAUGCUUGGGCCGAUGUCUUGGAGCUAUAAUAACUACGGUUGGGCCAGAGCUGCAAGGUAACGGAGCUACCAUUUCAACAAUCCCCCCUGCCAUAUCCUGCCUUCAGCAACUUCAUAUGUUUGCACCACGGCAUGUCAACCUGUCCAGUCUAGUUCCCAGUCUUUGUGUUCAUUUGUGCAGCUCCCACUUGCUACUUCGCCGGGCUGCAGUUGCAUGUUUACGACAACUUGCUCAGAGGGAAGCAGCAGAGGUAUGUGAAUAUGCCAUGAGCUUAGCGAAAAAUGCUGGAGACAAAGAAAAUAGUGGCAUCAAUAUUAAUCCUUUUGCCCCUGGAGCUGGUUCUCGGCGAGAUAUUCAUUCCCGGCAUCAGGGAGUUAAUAUAACAGAGACGGGCCUCGAGGGUGUCCUUUUUGGAAUGUUGGAUCGGGAGACUGAUCGGAAGUUGUGCUCUGAUAUCCAUGACACUCUAGGACAUAUGCUUUCAUCACUGGCAGUAGAAAACCUGUCUCACUGGCUAAUGCUUUGUAAGGAUGUUCUUGCAGCUUCCAGUGACAUGAGCACUGCAGCUCCCUUGGGAGGAGGGAAGGAUGAGGAAUCGGAGAAGAAGGAGGAGAUGGAUGAUGACACAAUGUUCACCACCCUGGGUGAAGAAGAUAAAUCUAAGCCUUCUGUAGCACCUCGUUGGGCAACUCGUGUGUUUGCAGCUGACUGUCUGUGUCGAGUUAUCAUGCUGUGUGAGAAUGCAAACAAGGCGCACUUUGAUCUGGCAAUGGCCCGUUCAGCCAGACUUAAAAACCCCAAAAAUGACUUCUUAGUGCUCCAUCUUUCCGACCUUAUUCGAAUGGCGUUCAUGGCAGCGACUGAUCACAGCAACCAGUUACGAAUGGCGGGUCUCCAAGCUCUUGAAGACAUUAUCAAGAAAUUUGCAUCGGUUCCUGAGCCAGAGUUUCCAGGCCAUGUGAUACUGGAGCAGUAUCAGGCUAAUGUUGGAGCUGCUCUGAGGCCAGCUUUUUCCCAAGAUACUCCAUCAGAUAUAACUGCAAAGGCCUGCCAGGUAUGUAGCACAUGGAUAGGAAGUGGGGUUGUAAGUGACCUGAACGAUCUCCGCCGAGUUCACAACCUCCUUGUCUCUUCCCUGGAUAAAGUGCAAGCAGGAAAGGGAUCUUCUAGCCGGCUUUACCGAGAGAGCGCCACUACUAUGGAAAAACUUGCAGUUCUGAAAGCAUGGGCUGAGGUGUACGUUGUUGCCAUGAAAAUUAAGAAGGAAGCAGAGACCAAACCGAAGCGUGUUUCAAAGAGCACGGAUGAUGAUGAUGAUGAUUUUGGUGCUGUAGAUGAGUUGCCACCAGACAGUUUGAUAACACUUGUACAGCCGGAGCUACCUGCAUUGAGCCGACUCUGGUUAGCUGCACUGAAAGACUAUGCUCUUUUAACUUUACCAGCUGAAUUUGCUACUCAGCUUCCACCAGAUGGGGGAGCAUUUUACACUCCAGAGACAAUUGACACAGCUAGACUACAUUAUCGAAACUCUUGGGCUCCCAUACUACAUGCAGUGGCACUUUGGCUAAAUAGUGCAGGAUUUAAUGCUUCUGAGUCCACAGAAGAGGCUGCUGCAGUGAUGCCUAAUUCACAGAAACGUGCUACGUCUGUAAUGUUAAACCAGACACCUGGAACUCCACCAACCAUUAAAUCUUUGCCAGAGAUAAACAAAGAUCGAAUGCACUUGAUUUUGGGUGUCAGUAUACAGUUUCUCUGUUCCCCGCGACCUGAAGAGCCUGUUGAGCAUGUUACAUCUUGUUUACAAGCACUUCAUACUUUAUUGGAUUCACCUUGUGCUAGGAUCCAUAUUGCAGAGGAUCAGCUCCUUGGUGUUGAACUCUUGAGUGUGCUUCACCGACUCCUCCUGACCUGGGAUCCUCCUUCAGUGCAGCUACUAGUAACAGGAGUUGUCCAGCAGAUAGUAAGAGCAGCUCAAGAUUAUUUGCAGGAAAAAAGGAACACCCUAAACGAAGAUGACAUUGAGGAUAAAGAAAAUUGCCUUCCUUUAGGAGAGGGAGGUGAAAGUGGUGGUCUUGUGCCUGGAAAAUCUCUAGUCUUUGCGGCCAUGGAACUGCUCAUGUUUAUCCUAGUACGGCACAUGCCACAUCUAAGUUCAAAAGUGUCAGAUUCUCCAAGUCAUGUAUCUGCCAAAUCUCAUCUUUCUGAGGAAAGUGCUCGUCUUGUGGCUGCCACUGUUACUAUACUGUCUGACCUGCCUUCUCUGUGUUCUCCAGCAGGAUGUAUGACGAUUCUACCCACUAUCUUGUUUUUGAUAACAAGAGUACUGAAAGAAACAGCAGUAAAAUCAGCAGAUAAUCAGGUCCCACCUCCAGUCAGUGCAGCCCUUCAAGGGAUAAAAACUAUUGUUACUCUUCCAACAGUCAAGACUGAUGAAACUCAAAAGCAGUGGACAAGUCUUAUCCGCAGCACCCUGGCAUCUAUCUUGGAAUACUCUCAACCUGAAGCCUCUAAACCGAUUCUUGAUGAAGUAAGCAUACUUACUGCUAUCGCUCUCUUUCUCUGGUCGGCAAGCACUGAAAUAAUUGGAGUACAGUCUUUACAGAAUGGAUGUAUGAACAGAUUUAAAAAUGCAUUAAAUUCCUGUGAUCCUUGGGUUCAAGCCAAGUGUUACCAGCUUCUGCUUUCUGUAUUCCAACAUACCAAUCGUGCUCUGUCAACUCCAUACAUCCAUUCAUUGGCUCCUAUAAUGGUUGAGAAGUUGAAAGCUGUGGAAAGGAACCGCCCGAACAACAACAUGGAGCUGUUAGCAGUGCAGGAAGGAAUUAAAGUUCUUGAAACAUUGGUUGCCCUUGGUGAGGAGCAGAAUAGAGUCCAGUUACUUGCCCUUCUGGUUCCCACUCUGAUCUCCUAUUUGCUGAAUGAAAAUGCCUUUGCUUCUGCAUCUACGGCAUCUAAGGAUCUUCAUGAGUUUGCACUUCAGAAUCUAAUGCACAUUGGUCCACUUUACCCACAUGCUUUCAAGACAGUAAUGGGAGCUGCUCCCGAAUUAAAAACACGUCUGGAAACUGCAGUCCGAGCAAGUCAGGCCAGCAAAGCAAAAGCAGCUGCUAGGCAACCACCACCCACAGUACAUUCCACCCCAACAAUUAAACUUAAAACUAGCUUUUUUUGAAUUACUUGUAUUAUUUUUGGACCAUUAAAUAGUCAGAAGCAUUACAUUAUUCCUGAUGUGUUACUGCAUAUGUCUGUAAUUUUGUGUAAUUUGUAUGUGAAAGGCUAUCUAAUGGAGCUUGUGUAAUUAUUUGAAAUCCAUGCAUUACAAGGGAAGUGGUGUUGCUAGUAUUUGUAUAGAUUUUUAAGAAAUUGAAUGUGAUCAUAUUUAUGAAUUUGUGUUAUAAAUAUCCACCACCAAAAAGUAUUCUCUAUCUUACUAAAUUGUUUUAUUUAUUUUUUUAAAGCUACCCUGAACCUUUUUGAGUGGUUUUUGAAAUCUAGCAAAUGUUAUCCUACCACUGUGCCAACAGGCUAACACAGUGGAGGGAGGAGAACCUGUUAUGCAGUACUUACUGUAUAUCACGGGGAAUUUCAAGUGUAGAAGUAUGCACUUUUUCCCUUUAAAAACAAACUAGGGUAAGGGCUUGUCAUACCUAGUAGAUCACUUCAGCUUGCAUGAAAAAAAAAAAAAAAAAGAAUUGAAAGUUUUUAGUCUUUUUCAAGCAUGUUCUUAUAGUGAAAUGUCCUUAUUUAUGUGGUGUAUCUCUUUCUUUCAGGUCCAUUUCCAUGCUUGAACAUUAAUAAAGGGUUCAAAGAAUCUUA